AAAAGGUGUGAAGAAGGCUUCGAUCCUUGUGCAGAGCAUGUCUGUUUGCAUGGGGGAACGUGCGUGCCCAUUGGCGAACACAUGAAUUUCGCGAAAUGUGUGAAUUGUCGUGGGAGAAGAGGUGGACUUCACUGUGAGGAAAAGUUGAAUGCUUGCGAAUAUGAAGAAUCUCAACUGGGACAUCCGCCUUGUACGAAUGGGGGCCACUGUGUUGUCAGCCCAUUUAACGAGACACAAUUUACUUGCCUUUGCGCUCCCGGUUGGCAUGGUGUGCAUUGUGAGAUACCCUUAAAUUUACCGUCCAAGAGAAAAGAGGAUGCUUGUGAUUUGGAAGCAUACAGACUUGGUCAUUCACCCUGUGCAAAUGGUGGUCACUGUGUUGCCGACACUUCCAAUGAAACAACAUUUUCCUGCCUCUGUGCUCAGGGUUGGCAAGGCCCCACAUGUGAGGUUUCCUCUUUCAAGGCUUCAGCUGUAGUGGUGGUUACCUCAGUGCUCCUUCUGUUUCUGACGAUCGGUUGCAUUGUGGGGGUUGUUUGCUGCCUUCGAAUUUUCGCUCUACCCAAAAUAAGACAGGUUGUCAAGAAGCAAAAUGAAGUGGAACUGGUGAAAGUGAAUGAAAGUAGGCUUUCAGAGGCGAACAAUCUAUAUCAAUUGUCUCCAGGUGAAAUACUUUCACCAUCUUCACGAACUGAUACUUGGACGAAGAGGGGCGACGACAGCUUGGUCAAUCUCAAACAACCAUCUUCGAAGCUGAAUGAUGACAACGACGAGUAUGAAUACGAUUCAAUUUUUGAGCAGUUGAAGUGUUCUUCUACAAAAGAAGUCCCGGAAAUUGCAGAGGAAGAGGAUAACUAUGAACCUAUUAAUUCUACCUAUGAUGGUGCACUGAAAUCCGGUGAGGCCAUAUGUGCAGUUAGUAAUGAAUAUGAUGAGGAUGCUGAGGAUGAUGGUCACUUGGAUAUGACCUUGAAACGACCACUGCCAUCAGCUGCUCCACCUCCAGCGCCACCGCCAGAUGGAGAUGACUAUGAAUUCCUAUGCGAAAACGGGCCUAGCUACAAGUUCUCCAGUUCAGAUCUCACUCCUUUGACAGUUAUCACGGACUGGAUGAACCAAUUGUCAAAUGAAGCCGAAAUGCAAGUUUCUCAACAUGAGGUCUCCUUGACACAGGAAGGGAGCAUUGGAAACUCUUUCCUCAAGAAUCCAAGAAGUACGCUUCCUCCAAGAAUUAAACCCUUUGGUGCUUCCUUCUACUUAAAUGGAAUAUCUGCUCCCACAAAAACUAUGAAGAUUGCAAUCACUUCCCGGGAGACGCAUGAAUAG